AUGGAGAUGGAGAGUUGGGUGGUUAUUUUGUGGGAUAUUAUUAGGUUUGGGGCAAUGGGUUUAGGUUGUUUGUGGGUGGUUAGGAGGUUGAAUAGUUGGUACUAUGAAGUAUUGAAGCUUGGCAACAAGAGGUUCUCUCUGCCACCAGGAGAUUUGGGUUGGCCUUACAUUGGUAACAUGAUACCAUUUUUGAGGGCUUUCAAAUCCUCUAAUCCUGAUAGUUUUUAUCACUCUUAUGUUUCGAGAUACGGGAAAACAGGAAUGUACAAGGCUUUGCUGUUUGGUCGGCCGACAGUGAUCGUUACAUCGGCGGAAGCCUGCCGGAAAGUUAUGACGGACGACAGAGCCUUCAAGUCCGGGUGGCCGGCGACCACCGAGGAACUGGUCGGGAAACAAUCGUUCGUGAACCUCGUAGACGAAGAGCACAAACGCAUGCGGAAACUAACGUCGGCUCCGAUCAACGGCCACGAGGCGCUGUCGCUUUACUUCGACACCGUCGAAGAAAACGUGAAAUCGCAUCUGGAGAAAUGGGCAUCCAUGGGAGAGAUGGAGUUCGCGAGGCAGCUUCCGAACCUAUUUUUUAGGGUAAUUAUGCGCAUUUUCGUGAGCUCCGAGGUUGAUCAUAUCCUCGCUGCCUUAAUGAAGGAGUAUUAUUUCAUGAAUCGUGGACUUAAAGCCAUGGCGGUCAACUUACCAGGCUUUGCUUACCACCGUGGACUUAAGGCACGGAAAAGGAUUAUAGUGGUGUUAAAGAAGAUAUUGGAUGAAAGAAGAGAUAAAAGAAAGAAUGGAGUUUGCGAAAAGAGAGAUGUGGUAGGUUUAUUACUAGAUGUGGUAGAUGAAAAUGGGAAAGGAUUCAGUGACGAGUCAAUAAUUGAUAUUCUGAUAAUGUAUUUAAACGCCGGUUAUGAAUCAACUUCUUGUGCCACAUUAUGGACACUUAUCCUUCUGCACGACCACUCUGACGUCCUCAAAAAAGCUAAGGCAGAGCAAGAAGAAAUUGUGAGGAAUCGGCCUUAUGAUCAAAAGGGUUUGAGUUUCAAUGAAAUUAGAAAGAUGCAAUACCUUCCUAAGGUGAUAGACGAAACCCUUCGUUUAAUUUCACGCACAAGUAUAAUGUUCCGAGAGGCAAGGAUAGAUGUUAACGUUAAUGGCUGUAUAAUUCCAAAGGGAUGGACAGCUAUGCUCCUCGUUCCGGACAUUCACAUGAAAGAAGAAAUAUAUAGAGAUCCAUAUGAAUUUAAUCCUUCACGAUGGGAGAGUAUAAUACCCAAAGCAGGAGAGUACAUACCUUUUGGAGCGGGGGGCAGAUCGUGCGUGGGAAAAGAUCUUGCCAAGUUUGAAAUGACGAUUACGCUCCAUCAUUUUCUGCUUGGUUAUGAGCUACAAAGGAAGAACCCAUCAUGCGGAACGAAUUUUCUACCCGUUCCUAUACCUAAAGAUAAUUGUUUGGGCAGAAUUGUAAGAACAACUCCAUCUUCUCCUAGUGCUUAG